AUGAGUCCAAUGAUUGCGAUAGCAAUGGGGGGUGAGAAUAACGGCGCCCUAUCUUCCAAAGGGGUCUCCAUCAAGGACUCCCUCAAAGCAAUCACGUCGGAUGCCCGAAUCAUGGCGAUUCUACUCGCGACCACCUCCUUCGAAAGCGCCAUGUAUCUCUUCGUCUUCUUUUGGUCCGCGGCGUUGAAGAGCGCCCGUACCUCUACCGCUCAUAGCCCGGAUGAGGUAGAGGAGCUUCCUUUUGGGCUAAUCUUUGCCUGCUUCAUGUGUGCCAUGAUGGCUGGAUCCUGCAUCUUCAAUCUCAAACGCCCAGGCUUCCAGGGUGCUACCCUGGUCUUGAUGUCCGCCCUUCUUAUAGCCUGUGUGGGUUUGAGCUCGGCGUCAAUGAUGUCGACGGAGUCAUACGUCUUUUACGCAUUUAUUGCCGUUGAAACGUCCAUUGGGUUGUAUUUCCCCGCCAUUAACCUGUUGAAGAGUGAGGUCGUAAGCGACGAAAUUCGUGGUAGCACGUACAGCCUCAUGCGUUUGCCUCUCAACCUGUUUGUUGUGAUCACGCAUAGUCUUGAUGAGGAAGGUGACUCUCACCGCAACAACGUAUUCGUUAUUCUGGCGGUUUUACUCCUGAUUUCAUCAGAGGUAGUCCGGAGGUGCUUCUGA